AGAAGAAGACGGAAGCCCGCGUGUCGGUUAGCAUUAGCCGGUAAACAAGCGCUAGUGUCGUCUGUGCGCUACAAACAGGACACAUUGAAAGGUUUUAAAGGACAUAUAUGUCAUUUGGUGGAAGUCACAACGGCGGUCGCCGCAGCAGCAAGUGGGACCAGCCAGGUCCAUGUCCCGGAGGAGCCACCGGGUCCGGGUCGGCACCCACCGGGGGUCUGGACGCCGCCGCGGCCGCGGCCAACAAGCUGAACGCCAUGCUGAGCUCUGUGCCCAUCACUUCUGCACCCACCGGCGCCCUGGACGCCGCCUCCGCCGUGGCCGCCAAGAUUAACGCCAUGCUGGUCGCCAAGGGCAAACUCAAGCCGUCUCAAAUAGGCACGCCCGGGUUCGUCGACAAGGCGCUGGCCUCCGGGAAGCCCCUGGUUCCAGCAAAGACCAAAGAUGACCUGGUGGUGGCAGAAGUGGAGAUCAACGACGUUCCCAUCACGUGCCGCAAUCUUUUAACGCGAGGACAGAUGCAGGACGAGGUCAGCAAAGUGAGCGGCGCUGCCGUGUCCACCAGAGGGCGCUACAUGACUCCAGUGGAGCGCAGCAAAGCGUCCCCAGGGGAUCGGCCUCUGUAUCUGCACGUCCAGGGACAGACGAGGGACAUCGUGGACCGCGCCGUCGACAAAAUCAAGGAGAUCAUCACCAACAAGGUCGUGAAAGCGGCAACUGCCACGUCGUCGGCGUCCUCACCCUUCCCCUCGCCCAACGUGCCCUCAAUCACGGUCUACCUGCAACCCCCCAAACCCUCACUACCCCCGACGGCCCCCGACAAACCUCACUUCCAGACCGGGAUGCAUUACGUUCAAGAUAAAAUCUUUGUGGGCCUGGAGCACGCCAUCCCCGGCUUUGUGGUCAAAGAGCGUGUGGAGGGUCCCGGCUGCUCGUACCUGCAGCACAUCCAGGCUGAAACGGGGGCCAAAGUCUUCCUCAGGGGAAAAGGCUCGGGUUGUCUGGAGCCUACGUCUGGACGGGAGGCCUUUGAGCCCAUGUACAUUUACAUCAGUCACCCCAAACCAGAAGGUCUUGCAGCAGCAAAAACUUUGUGUCAGAACUUGCUUCAAACUGUCCACACUGAGUACUCCCGCUUCCUGACUCAAAUGAGCUCAGUGAUGCCAUCUCAACAAGGCUUUGCUCCGCCCCCAGUGGUGAACGGGAUGCCCCCGCAGCCCGCAUUCUACCCCCCAGCAGGGUUCCAGCCGGGCUUCCCACUUCCUGUGUCCCAGCCUCCACCCCCGCCCUUCUCGGUUCCCCCUCCCAUGCCUCCGGUGCCACCCGAGGGUGUUCUCCCUCAGUACCUGUCGAGACCGGUUCUAAAUAUCGCACCGCCAGUGGGUCCGCCCCCCGUUCCUGCUCCAGGUCCAGUGGCGCAGACACUUCCACCUCUCGUGUCCUUUCCACCGCCCAAAGCUCCGCCCCCCGCCAUCUCCGCCAAUCCACCACUGAAAAGACGCUUCACGGAGGAAGUGCCGGAUGAGUGUGACAGUGGUCUGCUCGGAUAUCAGCAUGGACCCAUUCAUAUGACUAAUUUAGGUGCAGGCUUCUCAGCGGGCGGCCCCGAGACAACAGGGCCCCCACCAUCGAGUUCCUCCGGCCCGCCGAGUGAGAGGGACAGGUUUUCACCAUCAAAUCUACUGAGCUGUUUACAGACCUGCCAUCAACGAUUGUGCAGCUUGAAAGAGGCCGGUUUGAGUGAAUGGAGGUCCAGCAGUCGGCAGCUAAUGCCACCACCACCGCUGCUGCCCGUCAACGUGGCGCGAGCCCCGAUGGAGGAGAGGAGGGCGCCGCAAGGCCCCGUGGAGCCGGCAGGGAAGCGAAUAAAGAUGGGACUGGUGGCGUACGCGGGCGACUCCUCCGACGAAGAAGACGAGCACUCCGGCGUCAAGGCGCCAGGGCCAGGUAACCCUGGACCGUGCCCCUCUACCUCCUUAGACUGGAUCCAAGGUUACCGCUGCUCGGCGCCCCCGCGAGCGAAAGCGCCGCCCCAGCAGCCGUCUAUGCCCUUCUGGAUGGCGCCCUAGAAACUGGACGUUCCCCGUCAGCGUUUGCUUUGUUUAACUCCAAGUAAGCCACGUUCCUUCCUUCUGUACAGCUGUAUAGUUUAAAGACUUCAAGCCAGGCUGUCUAAACCAUCACGUGAGCAAUGCCGCUUUUAUUUGGUCGGACAAAAACUGACUAUAGUGUCUUGCUAUUAACAAUAAAAAUGGGCCGACAUUCAACUUCCA